CCAUGUCCGCCCAGGGGCCUUUUCGCCUCUAUCAUAACUAAAGUGACUAUGGGUGCAGUGCUGUUCGGGGUGGUGUGGUCGAUCACGGAGAAAGAGUGUCUGCCAGGAGGGAACCUGUUUGGCAUCGUGGUGUUAUUUAUCUGUGCCGUGUGUGGGGGGAAGCUGGUGGGGCUGAUUCGGUUCCCUACCCUGCCCCCCUUCCCUCCUCUGCUUGGAAUGCUAUUGGCUGGGAUUCUGCUGCGCAACAUUCCCGUGGUCACGGACGCGGUCCACAUUGAUGUCAGAUGGUCUUCGGCCUUGCGGAACAUCGCCCUGGCGAUCAUCCUCACCAGAGCCGGGCUGGGACUCAACGGCUCGGCUCUGAGGAAACUGAAAGCUGUGUGUCUGCGUGUGGCAGUGGGGCCCUGCUCACUGGAGGCCAGCACUGUGGCUCUGCUCUCCCACAUCAUGAUGGGCCUGCCGUGGAUCUGGAGCUUCAUCCUCGGGUUUGUGCUGAGUGCUGUCUCCCCUGCCGUGGUGGUCCCCUCCAUGCUCCUCCUGCAGAAGGAUGGGUACGGGGUGGAGAAGGGCAUCCCCACCCUGCUGAUGGCUGCCGGCAGCUUUGACGACAUCCUGGCCAUUACCGGCUUCACUACCUGCCUGGGAAUGGCAUUCGCCACGGGCUCCACCUGGUACAACCUGGGAAAGGGGAUCCUGGAGGUGGUCGGGGGAAUGGUCACGGGGGCUGUCCUUGGGAUAUAUAUGAGAUUCUUCCCCAGUAAAGACCAAGAAGACCUGGUGAUGAAGCGAUGUGGUCUGCUCCUGGGCCUGUCUAUCUUUGCGGUGUUUGGAAGUCGUGUUGCUGGCCUCUCGGGUGCAGGGGGGCUGUGUACACUGGUGAUGGCCUUCCUGGCUGGACUGGCCUGGGGAGAGCUAAAGGCUCCAGUGGCAGCGGUUGUUGGGAUAUCCUGGGACAUCUUCCAGCCCCUGCUGUUCGGGCUGAUCGGAGCUGAAAUCACCGUCUCCAAGCUGGACCGCAGUACUGUGUGGCUGGGUCUGGCUACUCUCAGUGUUGGCUUGGUUGUGCGUAUUCUCUUCACCUACUGCAUGGUGCUGUUCGCUGGGUUUAAUCUGAAGGAGAAACUGUUCAUCGCUGUGGCUUGGCUCCCCAAGGCCACCGUACAGGCAGCUAUUGGAUCAACAGCACUGGACAUGGCCCGGAGUAAGGGUGACCCGGUCCUGGAGAAGUACGGCAUGAACGUGCUGACGGUGGCGGUCCUGGCCAUACUGGUAACUGCACCCAUAGGGGCCCUGGGCAUUGGCCUGGCAGGACCCAGACUGCUGCAGAAACGCAAAGAGCCUGCCUUGGGAAGUGCCCAGACAGAGGGUAGACCAGGAGUGGUGUUGGAGUCUGUGCCUGAUCCAGUGUCACAGCCCUCCAUGACACGGGAGAGUUCAAUAUAG